AUGGACACCAUAUCCGCGAAACUCCCCUUCGAGCUCACCGACACCUCCCUGUAUCACCAGGAGUCUUUUGUUCAUGGACAAUGGGUUGGGGCCAAGUCCGGAAAGAGAUUCGAUGUUCUUGACCCAGGGAGCGAGGCCAUAUGGGCCUCGUGUCCCGACAACAACGCAGAAGAUGUCGACGAGGCCAUCAACUCGUCCUACCAGGCCUUCCUUGAGUAUCGGGACCUCACACCCCGCAAGAGGGCGCAGCUCAUCCUCGCCUGGCACAACCUUAUCACGGCGGCUCGGGACGACCUGGCCAAGUUCCUCACCUACGAGACCGGCAAGCCCCUCUCUGAGGCCUACGCCGAGCUUGACUAUUCCUUGGGGUUCUCGUGGUGGUUCGCAGGGGAGGCCGAGCGCAUACACGGCUCCAUCAGCACCCCGGCCGCUCCAGGCAGGAGAGUAAUCGUCCUCAAGCAGCCCAUCGGCGUGUCCGUAGCCCUCGUGCCCUGGAACUUCCCCAUCGCCAUGAUCAUGCGCAAGGCCGGCGCCGCCCUAGCCGCGGGCUGCACAAUGGUGGUCAAGCCCUCCCCCGAGACCCCCCUGACCUGCCUCGCGCUCGCCGACCUGGCCGUCCGGGCCGGCUUCGCCCCGGGCGUCUUCAACGUGCUCACGACGUCCCUCGCCAACACGCCCUCGCUCUCUGAGGCUAUGUGCGUGCACCCACUUGUCCAGAAGGUCACCUUCACCGGCAGCACGCGGGUUGGUAAGAUCGUGGCGGGUAUCUGCGCCCGCAACCUCAAGAAAUGCACCCUCGAGCUGGGCGGCAACUGCCCCUUCAUCGUCUUUGAUGACGCGGACCUCGACCGAGCCCUGGCGCAGCUCAUGGCGCUCAAGUGGCGCAACGCGGGCCAGGCGUGCGUCACCGCGAACCGCGUCUAUGUCCAGGCGGCCGUGUACGACAAGUUCGCCGCCAUGUUCGCCGCCAAGACGGCCGAGUUCAAAGUCGGGCACGGGGCUCUCCCGGAUACGAGCUUCGGGGCUGUUACGACGACCGCAGGCCUGGACAAAGUCGAGGCGCAGGUUCGAGAUGCCGUCGGCCAGGGCGCCAAGCUGGUGCUCGGCACUGGGAGGCGCUGUGGAGCGGAUGAUGGGGUGGAGAGAGGCUGGUUCAUGUCACCGACCAUCAUGACGGGGAUGACGGCCUCGAUGAAGAUGAGCUCGGAGGAGACGUUUGGCCCCAUCAUUGGCCUCUUCAAGUUUGAUACGGAGGAAGAGGUGAUCAGGCUAGCGAAUGACACCAGCAUGGGCCUGGCGAGCUAUAUAUUUUCCAAGAACUCGGACCGACUGUGGCGGAUGUUUGAGAAGCUCGAGGCUGGUAUGAUUGGAUUGAACACCGGCAAUGGCUCUGCAGCCGAGAGUCCGUUUGGCGGUAUCAAGGAGUCUGGAUAUGGUAAGGAGAGUGGCAAGGAUGUUGCCGUCAAUGAGUAUUUGAUCGCCAAGACUGGCACUUUGACUAUUGCAUAG